AUGAAGAAGGAGACGAAGAAGAAGAAUAAAAGCCCAAUCAUUUGCAAAUAUUGCGGAAAACAUUUUAAUAGAAAUUUUGCUGUGAAAAGACACGAACGAAUCCAUACGGGAGAGAAACCUUACCAGUGUGAUUUCUGUGACGUCAAGUUCAAUCAAUCCGGGACCCUUUACGAACAUAAACGAAGGCGACAUAAAAAGGCUCAAGAAGCUCUGAGCCAAAAACAACUCAAAUUUCGCGGGAGAAAAAUUAUCAAUGAAGUUGUGCACUAUCGAAUUUGCAUUGACGAGGAAGAUAAAGACGAAAACGUAAAAGAAAUCUGGGUGCCGAUUUUCGACAUAGAAGAUUUCCAAGAUGUGGUCGAAUUCGAAAAAUUCAUGAGCGGAGAGCUCUGA